AUGCGACGCGUUUGGACGGCCGCCGCUCAGCCCUUGGCAUCGACUCGACGGCGCAUAUCGACCUCGCCGGUCAGCCUAGGGCUGGCCAAGAACCAAGUCUUUGAUCCUAUCCGCUCUCCAAGCUCCUUCAACUCCAUCCUCUCCCUCUCCACCUCCCUCCAAGCUCCUCUCCUCACCCUCUGGACAACCUCCUGGUGUCCCUCCUGCCGAUCCAUCGAGCCUCUUCUCCGCAGCCUCGUCACCUCCGGCGUCGGCGAGUCCCACGGCGGCGUGCUCUUCGCCCCCGUCCAGUUCGAUGCGCCCGAGAUGAUGUCGGCCUCCGUCCCGGGCCCGCCGCUGGCUUCGCUGUACGCAAUCACCUCGGUGCCGACGCUGCUGAGCUUCGCGGCCGGCGAGGCGCGCGUCAGCACUAGGGUUAUGGAUGCGAGGAAGCUGGCGGACAGGCAGUUUCUCAUCGAUUGGAUAUGCAACGAGGCGAGGCGCGAAGGGGACGCGGCUGGUGGAGGAUCUGCUUCAUUCGGCGGUUUGUUCAACAGCCGGUGA